AGUUUCCCCUCUCUCCUGUCCCCAGACCUGAGUUUGGUCACAGCGGUUGGGUGUUUCCACUCUCCGGUCUCCCUGCUGGUAACUCCAACGGUCCUGGUCCCCUUCCCCAAACUAAACCACACGUCUGCAACUUUUUAAGCUAGUUUCAAAACAAACAAAGUGAGAAAUCUUCCCUAAACUUGAAACUCUGCAAUGGAUCAGCACAAGUAUCGCACGGCGGGCGUCCAGGAGAAGCUGGAGAUCAUCGGGGUGGAGGACGAGGACGGGAACCCCAUCAGCGCCCUGACCAUCCUGUCUCUGCUGGAGCGCGUAGCCGGCAUCAUCGACAACGUCCAGUCCUGCCAGCAGCGCAUGGAGGAGCGUCAGCUGGACCUGGAGAACAACAUCAAGAGCAUCCAGGGGGACGUCCUGAAACUGGCCAAGGACCACACCGACACCAGCGGCACGGUGGAGAAGCUCCUGCAGAAGACUCGUAAAGUCAGCGCCAACGUCAAGGAGGUCCGGGCGCGCGUCGAGAAGCAAAACGUCCGCGUGAAGAAGGUUGAAUCCACGCAGGACGAGCUGCUCACCCGCAACAAGUUCCGCGUCGUCAUCUAUCAGGGCGACACCGAGAUCCCAUCAGUGGCCGUCACUAAGUCUCCCAAAGGAUCCGGCCUGGACGGGCUGGAGAUCGAGCCCGACACCUACGACAUCCCUGCUGACCUCUCCUCUGACGAGGAGUACCUGAGCGUGGAGGAGGCCGAUCCCUCGCGAGCCGCCCGCAUCAAGAAUUCCGUUGUAAAGAGCACAGAGUCCCUGAAGGCCGCAUUCUCCAAGGAGAACAUGAGCAAGACCAAAGGCAACCUGGGCUCCAAGUUCCACAACCUGGGCGAGAAGGUCAUGCCGCCCGAGCGCAGGGACAGGAUGCAUCAAGCCGGCGAGCGACUGAAGCAGUCCGGAGAGCGGCUGAAGGAGAACAUCGCCAAGAAAGCCCCCAACAAAGAGACCUUCCGCAUCAAGCUGAAGAAGGAGAGAGCCGUCGCCGAGGGCCAGGAGGGCGCCGAGGGCGAGGGCGAGAGCGAGGCCGAGCUCCACAUCCAGGCCCCGAGCGCGGAGAAGCCCGUCGCCUACACCGAGGUAGCCAUGGAAACCAAGAGGGAGGGCCCCGUGGAGGAGGCCGGCGCCACCCGUAUAGGAGAAGAGGACCACAGGAAGUAGAUCAGACACGAAGAGGAGGCGGGACACUGGAGGAAGCUCGUUAAAUGCCGAGAAUUUAGAGAGAAGGUCUGUGAUUGGUCGACAUCGACGAUGGAUGUUUUUAUCUGCUAGAAUUAAUUAAAAAGGAAGAAUUUCUUGAGGUGGGUUUUUGGUACUGACUACAAACUGGUUAUUUAUUAAAUCUAUUUCAGGGUCUUGAUUCAAGUCAGAUUAAUCUUUCAGACGUCAUCGGUUGACAGUUUCAGUCUUGAACAAUUAUAUGAUUUAAACAACUUGAAUGUGAGAAUCUUUAUUUCAGAUGCAAUAAGAAGAAAAGUGAAAUCGUCUAAAUUACAGAGAGAUGGUUGUGAUUAGUAACCGGCGUAACGGUGAGCUUCUUUGCACAAGAUGGCUGGCAGGGAAAGAAACGGUUGAUAAAAGAUGAUGAAUGUUGAUCUGAAGUUUGUGUGAUCUGUAAUCUGGAUGUACAUAUACUGUUAUAAAUACUGCCAGAACUGGGGAGCUGACGUGUGGCGGGGCCUCAGCUGGUCUCUGAGACGCCUGGUGAGGAAACAAACGUCGGUUUCAACGUCAGACUGGAUUCUGGAAGGAGAUGAAGUUAGUGGCUUCAAAGCAGCAUCAGCGAUCGCUUAGACUUUAACGUUGCACAGGGGAACGUUCUGGGACUUCAUUACCCAGAGUUCAUUUCAAGUCAUGAGGGGGUAAAAUAUAGUUAGCAGUUACUAAAUUAGUAAAUUACAGUUUAGUUACUUAAUGAUAAAACGACUAGAUUGUUAUUUUGUUUUCAGCCCUUCUGUCCCACCAACAGGAUUUUCAGUCGACACGUUUUUCACGACGGUUGAAGAAAUAAAUACGACUCGUUAGUCGACCUGUCAAGUGUUCAUUUCGUCAUUAAACACUGACGAGGUCAGCAUUAUUAAGAGAUUAAUGUGCUUUAAACAAUAAAAACCAAAGUAUCUUGUUAUUUUUGUUGAAAAAUAAGAGAAGACAAACUUUUAUAGACGUUAAAGUUUACAAGACAACAGAAAACAGCUGAUGCUUUGACUACAUCGACUAAAACUAUUUUUAAAACGUGUCUCUUUGACUAACAUAAGACUGAACUGCUCAGACGUUUAGUCUUGGGAUGAUAUGAUAUAAAGUAAAAUGUUAUGUUUCUGGUUCUAGCUAGAAAGUGUUAGAAAGUAUAUUUGUGUUGCGCCUUUAAUAACAAAGUACUUUACAUAUAAAAUGCAUUAAAGAAACGUUUAAAUAAGUAGAUUUAAAAUGAAUAAUAAAGUUAAAUACACGGUAAAAUAGCGCAGCUACAGUCCGAGUUUAAUUUGAUGCAGUUUAAAUGUCUAGGAAAACUGAAGGUUGGCGAAUAACGUCUUCAACUCCUUAAAGUUCCUUUAUAUCCGACACCUUUAAUGUUACAUGUCAUUUAUAUCGUAUAAGUUUCCACUGAGGGAAAUAUUCAAGUCAAGACUCCAUGUUUUUAGAGCUGCACCAUGUGAUCUUUGUCCAGCGCAGUUUGAGCAGCAGGUGAUGAAAUAAUGAAGACUUUGCAUGACAUAGCAACACGGUGUCGUCUGACUAGUUCCUGAGCGACACCCUUCUACGUGUGGAGGAGUUAAGUUGUUCUGAGACGAGGUGUUGGUGGCUGCAAAGCUUUUUGAGCACGGCUGAGUUUUGACGUAUGAAUGAUGUUGUUGUCCAGCUUUGCUGCUUGAUAUUCAUAGUUUUAUUUUGAAGUUCAGUGAGCAUGCUGACUGUUCUCAGUGAUCUGCACAUACUCUUCAUAUUUUCUGUAGAAGCUUAGUUUAUAUAGUGCUGCUGGUAUAUAUUAGUACAGUGUCUUAUUCUGAAAAUGCACUUCCUGUAAAGCUUUAACUUCUGUUGCAUUUCACAACUUGCUGUAUUCAUGUUCCUGGAGAGUGAAACUGCUGCAGUAGAUUGAUAGUAUGGUUUGAUUUUUAACAAGGUUUCAUCUCUUCAGCUCAGUUUCCAUGUUGUGCUUUGUUGUCAUUUUUACAAUCAUCUCAAUCCAGUUUUAAUGCUUUGCAAUGAAAAACAGCUGAUUGAGGACCUGAGUGGUUGUUUUGACCUGUACUGCAAGCAGCACCAGACAUUAAUCAUUUUGUUUUUGUAUAAAUAAAGUUCUCAUGAAACCUGGA